ACGGUUUUAUUUAAAGUCAAAUACUAAACUUUGACCGACAGAAAAACAUCUAAUGGCGGGCGGUAAUUUACAGAAAGCCAUAGAUUUGGCCAGCAAGGCCGCAGAGGAAGACAAGGCCAAAAACUAUGAAGAGGCCCUCAGAUGUUAUCAGCACGCAGUGCAAUACUUCCUUCAUGUUGUGAAGUAUGAGGCCCAAGGCGAUCGGGCGAAGCAGAGCAUCAGGGCAAAGUGUGCUGACUACCUGGACAGAGCUGAGCAACUGAAGCAAUAUCUGAAGAAGAAAGAGAACGCUCCUCCAGCCAAACCCGUCAAAGAGUCUGGUGACAAAGGGAAUGAAAGUGAUGAAGGUGAAGACCAAGAAAAAAAGAAGUUCCAAAAUCAACUGUCAGGUGCCAUUGUUAUGGAAAAGCCAAACAUAAAGUGGGACGAUGUAGCUGGACUCGAAGGAGCCAAAGAAGCCCUUAAAGAAGCUGUUAUCCUGCCAAUCAAAUUCCCACAUCUGUUUACAGGCAAGAGAACACCCUGGCGGGGGAUCCUUUUGUUUGGGCCUCCAGGAACAGGAAAGUCCUACUUGGCCAAAGCCGUGGCCACAGAAGCUAACAAUUCCACCUUCUUCUCAAUCUCAUCCUCCGAUCUUGUGUCUAAGUGGCUAGGAGAAAGUGAAAAGUUGGUGAAGAACUUGUUCUCUUUAGCCAGAGAACACAAACCAUCGAUCAUUUUCAUUGAUGAGAUCGACUCCCUCUGUGGCUCCAGGAGCGAGAAUGAGAGUGAAGCAGCUCGCAGAAUCAAGACGGAGUUCCUCGUUCAGAUGCAGGGUGUUGGUAAUGAUAAUGAUGGAAUCCUUGUCCUGGGUGCAACUAAUAUACCAUGGUCGCUGGACUCAGCUAUCAGGAGAAGGUUUGAAAAGCGAAUCUACAUUCCUCUGCCGGAGGAACAUGCCCGCUCCUCCAUGUUCAAACUGCAUCUGGGCUCCACCCCCAAUAACCUGACAGAGGCGGAUUUCGUGACUCUGGGCAAAAAGACAGAUGGCUACUCCGGAGCUGACAUCAGUAUAAUUGUCAGGGACGCCCUGAUGCAGCCAGUCAGGAAGGUUCAGACAGCCACGCACUUCAAAAGGGUUCGAGGGUCAACAUGGAACAAUCCUGGCGCUGUGGUCGAUGACCUGCUGACUCCGUGCUCACCUGGAGAGCCCAACUCCAUUGAAAUGACAUGGAUGGAGGUCCCUGGAGAGAAACUUCUAGAGCCAGUUGUAUCCAUGGCUGACAUGCUGAGGUCACAAAGCAACACCAAGCCUACGGUGAACGAGCAGGACUUGGAGAAGCUGAAGAAGUUUACUGAAGAUUUUGGUCAAGAAGGCUAAUAAUAUCUUUGUACUCAAAAAUAGGACUGCACUUAACAACUAUCUUUACUCUCAGUUAUGCUUCAGAUCAUUUAAUUCGCCUUUUCAACUGCUGUGUCAAAAAUGGUGGAAAAUGUCACAGGUUUAAUGGACCAGAGGUUGCAGCAAAUCAGUCUUACAGCUGACAAAAAAACAUUUAUCCUUUUGUCACAAUCAUAGAUCUUUUUUUUU